AUGACGCCCGAGUGCCCAACGCCCCGUCGCCCCAACGACCUGGCUUUCCCCGACCCCGAGCAGCAGCAAGCCAGCAACGCGUCGCGCGUGCAUCGCAACGACAGCGAGAUUCAUCAGAGUCCAGACCACCGACGAGAAAGGACAAAACUGCGGCGGACCUACCCGGAGCCGGAGGCAGGGCAAAGGCCCGAUCCCCCUCCCGCCGGUUGCCGCGCUUGUGCCACGAUUAAUUGGAUUGGAUUGAUUGGCAGUGGCGGUUGCGUGCUCAUCGCCGCCAAAAAGAAAGACCGUGUUCACAAAGCCUGUGGUGCUAGAAGUACUGGAGGGCUGAACACUAUCAGCAAUGAUAACUCUCCUGCCACUGAUUCAAAGGACUUGCGAGCUAAGCUGGUAUUGCUGGGAGACUCAGGUGUUGGGAAAAGCUGUAUAGUUCUUCGCUUUGUUCGUGGUCAGUUUGAUCCUACUUCCAAGGUAACUGUUGGUGCAUCUUUUUUAUCACAAACAUUGGCAUUGGAAGAUUCAACAAUAGUGAAGUUUGAAAUUUGGGAUACUGCUGGGCAAGAGAGGUAUGCUGCCUUGGCACCACUUUACUACAGAGGAGCUGCUGCUGCAAUUGUUGUCUACGAUAUAACGAGUCCGGAAUCAUUUAGCAAAGCACAGUAUUGGGUAAAGGAACUUCAGAAGCAUGGUAGUCCUGGUAUUGUAAUGGUUUUGGUUGGGAAUAAGGCUGACCUACAUGAUAAUCGAAGUGUAUCCUUGCAGGAUGCACAGGACUACGCAGAGAAGAACAAUAUGUUUUUCAUUGAGACGUCAGCCAAGACAGCUGAUAAUAUAAACCAACUGUUUGAGGUACGCUUUGAGUACAUAAAAUAUUUGUUUUACAUAACAUGCAAGAGGAUAAGAAAAUCUAGCUGCAACUGUUAA